AUGACCGAAGAGGCGAAGAUUUUCGAAGAAUGGCAGCAGAAAAAGGAGAACAUCCUGGAUUCUGUGGCUUUGUUGGAGUACUAUGCAAAGAACUUCGACAAAGAGGAGACACGGAAGGUGCAAGUGGAGGCUUGGGCUGAGAAGCUUGAGCGUUUCUAUGACGAGUUUCAUCGAGUAGCUGUCAAGAUGGAAGCGUUGUCAACGGACAAAACCCCCAUCGAUCUGAAAGGUGAGCGACAGAAGUUUGAUGCUAGAUAUUAUACCCUACGUGCGUUUUACCUGACUGAGAUUGCGAAGACCACCAGUUCCUCUUCUUCCAAUUACCCCCUACCUACCAAGCCGAUGAACGUUCGGCUUCCAGAGCUGAAUCUCCCGAGGUUCAGUGGUCGUUUGGAGGACUGGUGCGUUUUUCGUGACUCUUUUGAAUCAGCUGUAGGUUCCCGGAGCGACAUCGGUGCCGUCGAGAAAAUGCACUACCUCAAGGGUCUCGUCCAAGGAGAAGCAGCACGCAUCCUCGACCCGAUUAAAGUCAGCGAGCAAGGCUACAAGGACGCUUGGCGGACACUCAAGCUACGCUUCGAUAAUAAGCGGCAGCUCAUCAAGUGUCACCUCAAGACGCUGUUCGACACUCCUGCGAUGCACGAGGAAUCAGCCGAGGAACUUCUGGCCCUGGUCGAUCGCUUCGAGCAGCAGAUAUCAGUUUUGAAAAGUUUGGGAGAACCAGCCGACCGAUGGAGCUCGAUAUUGGUUUAUCUGCUUUCAAUCCGUCUCGAUCCUUGUACGCUCCGGGAAUGGGAAAAUCAAUGUGCACGACUCGACACUGACAAUAUAGCUUCAGUUCUGGGAGGAACUGCGUCGAACUCAAGCGCCAUUGCCGAUAAAUCGAAUUCCAUGCCAUCCUACGUUAAGAUGGUCAACUUCCUCCAGAACUAUGCUCGAGUGUUGUUUGCAGUGUCCCCAGCUAUAUCCGCUCCUUCUCGCAACAAGUCCAAGUCUCUUUCAAAGUCAGCCGCCUUUCCCGUUACCACGCAGAAGAACGUAUGCAGCUCAUUACCAGAAAAUUCCAGCUCCAGCAAGUCAGAGAAGUCGUGUGAACUAUGUGGUCAAGGACAUUACCUGUACCACUGUCCGGAGUUCCAGGAACUAGACGCUGUUCAACGGACCAAUCUAGUAAGGCAGAAAAACAUUUGCAUGAACUGUUUGCGUUCCUCUUCCCACUUUGCUCGCACCUGUACUGGCUCCCGAUGCCGUGUCUGCUCCAGAAAACACCACACGCUACUUCAUACAGAUACCAGUGAUACCAAGCUCGUUGCCAACAAUCCGUCUACUGAUCCUACCUGUUGCGUUGCUAUCGAGCAAGCUGUUAACUCUACUCAGGCAAUUCAGCAGCUCAAGUCUGUUUUGCAAGGUACAAUUCAGAAAGCGUCUACCUUUGCUGUUCCCGUGAAUAAAUUUGGCAAUGUUCACGACGCUUCUGGGAAUCCACAAUAUGCUCUGGUCUCGCAAUCCCAAGCAGUGAUCCCCGGAACCGUCUUCCUUCCUACUGCGCUCGUGAACAUUCGCACUAGCAGAGGUCGGACUGUCACCGCACGUUGCCUGUUGGAUUGCGCUUCUCAACGCAACUUCAUCUCCGUAGCACUGUGCGAAAAGCUUAAACUUCCUCGAACUCGACUGCUGCAGCCGAUCACCAUCAGUGGAAUUGGCAACACUACUACACUUGUGGAACACGAAACCUCCGUUACCAUCACCUCCCGGGUGUCGCCAUUCUCCCUGAAGAGUUCAAUGCUCAUACUCCCAUCGAUUACCAUGAAGCUGCCACAGGUCUCCAUCAACGUUCGUCAAUGGUCAAUUCCAAGGGACGUUGACCUCGCAGAUCCAACGUUCGCCGUCACCGGUAGCAUUGACAUGAUCCUAGGUGCCGCACACUUCUUCCGUGUUCUCCGUUACGGCCGAAUCUCUCUCGGAAUCGAUCUUCCUCUGCUCCAAAACACAGAAUUCGGUUGGGUCAUCUCAGGAGAAUGUACGCUGGAAAACCAUGACCACCAUGAUAAAGGUAGCUGUCAGUUUAGCAAUCCCUGCACGAUCGACGAGCUGGUUAAUCGUUUUUGGCAGUUGGAAGAAGUUCAACAGGCAAAAGGCUGGUCUCCAUCCGAACGUUUCUGUGAAGAGCAUUUUCUCAAAAACACCACUCGAAACUCCGAUGGCCGCUACGUUGUCCAACUUCCGAAGCGCGAAGAGCUCUUGCUGCAUCUGGACGACAACUGGUACAACGCUACACGACGUUUCUACGCUUUGGAAAGGUCGCUGGCCCGAGAUCCAGAGAAGAAGGCAAUGUAUCAAAAGUUCAUCCACGAGUACUUGGCGUUAGGACACAUGCGGGAAAUCAGUCCCGAUGAGCGUAAUUUCAAGCAUCGUUACUUCCUUCCCCACCAUGCAGUUAUCAAGAUGGACAGCACAACGACCAAGCUUCGAACAGUCUUUGACGCCUCAUGUCAAUCGAAAUCUGGCCUUUCGUUGAACGAUGUUCUGCUUGCUGGUCCCACCAUUCAAGAUACCCUGGUCACGAUCGUUAUGCGCUUCCGAAUAUUCGAAUUCGUCGCUUCUGCCGAUAUCGAGAAAAUGUACCGGCAGAUCCUUGUGUUCUUACUUGACCAACCGCUCACGAGCAUUAUCUUCCAGCUACUCACUGUCACCUAUGGUACCAGCUGUGCUCCAUUUCUGGCGAUCAGAGUAUUAAAGAAGCUUGCUGAUGACGAAGAACAGCAAUUUCCAUUAGCAGCUCCAGUGCUUCGUCGUGACUUCUACGUCGAUAAUCUACUAACUGGCUCUAACGACGCGGAAUCUCUCGCCAUUACCUGCAAAGAGCUUAUCGCACUGCUUGCUUCUGCAGGACUUCCACUCCGGCAAUGGUUUUCUAACAGCCAAACCGUUCUUGAUGCCAUUCCACAGGAGCUUCGGGAAACUGAAACUUUACUCGACUUGGACCAUGAAGCCUCCGUCACAACGUUGGGUUUACGAUGGGAGCCUUCUACCGAUCUCCUUUCCUUCAAGCAACCGAAGUGGACGGAGUUUGCCACGUUAACGAAACGUGCAAUCCUGUCACAAAUCAGCAGUUUGUUCGACCCACUAGGUCUCAUCGGACCGACCAUUUCGAAGGCAAAGAUUUUGCUCCAAGGAUUAUGGAAACUCCAACUCGACUGGGACGCGGCAGUCCCACCAGUAUUUGUAAGCAAUUGGCAGGAAUUCAAGCAAAACCUCACCGUUCUCACUCAACUACGUAUUCCUCGACACGUUCUCAGUCCAGGUUACGCAAGGCUGGAAGUUCACGGCUUCAGCGAUGCAUCAGAGGCUGCAUAUGGUGCAUGUCUGUACCUCCGGUCGAUAACAUCUGCGGGAUCCUGCACAGUUCGCCUCCUGAUGUCAAAAUCAAAGGUCGCUCCAAUAGAUACCAAAAGCAUUCCUCGACUCGAGUUGUGUGCUGCUCUGCUCCUGUCCAAGCUUCUGGUUCAAGCCAUGGACAGCUUCGAUAUUUCCGCCACGAUAUAUUUGUGGACGGAUUCCACCAUUGUCUUAAAUUGGCUCUCCGCAACACCGUCUACGUGGAAGACGUUUGUGGCCAAUCGUAUAGCUGAGAUUCAGGAGCUCACCAUUCAUGCUGUCUGGAAUCACGUUCCGUCCAAGGACAAUCCAGCGGAUUUCAUCUCUCGGGGCAUGAAUCUCGACGAACUCGAAAGGAGUUCACUGUGGUGGCACGGACCGCAGUGGCUUGGCACGUUAGCUAUACCAUGGCCUGCUAAGUACUCUCCAACAAAAUCGUUACCGUCGGAUGAAUCAGAAGCUCGCAAGAUCGUCGUACUUCCAGUCGUUGAAGAUGAAACGACCAAUGAUUUAGUGUUCCGCUACUCCAGCCUUCGUCCGCUGCUUCGAAUAGGCUCUCUCAUACGAAGGUUUGCCGAGAAUUGUCGGCGUAGCAAGAAUCAUCAAGAUCCUCUUGUGGGGCCGCUCACCGCAACCGAAAUCGAUCAAACUCUACUCGCCUUUGUGCAUCGAGCUCAAGAGCAGCACUUUGAGAAGGAAAUCCGUCAACUUUCCACCACUUAUCAAGUAGAUCGCAAGUCCAAGCUCCGAUACCUUCAUCCACAGCUUGUGGACGACAUUAUUCGUGUCGGCGGUCGGUUGCACAACGCACAGAUCCCGAUCGAAGAGAAGUAUCCGAUCGUCCUCCCGGCCAAGCAUCGACUGACCGAAAUGAUAGCGACCAAAGAGCACCAGAAAACGCUCCACGCUGGCCCUGGAUUGUUGCUUUCGUCCUUACGUCAACGAUUUUGGCCUCUUGGCGGUCGGAAUUUAGUUCGCCAGGUCAUCCACCGAUGCAUGACGUGCGCCCGAGCUAAACCGAAAUCUCUCGAACAGCUGAUGGGACAACUGCCUCCUGUUCGGGUCAACCAGGCGUACCCAUUCCAGAAUGUCGGCAUAGACCUGGCCGGCCCGAUCUACGUGCGCACAUCGGUGAGAAACAGACGUACUCCGUUCUUCAAGGCAUACAUCGUGGUCUACGUAUGUCUCGUAACCAAAGCCGCUCAUCUCGAUCUCGUGUCUGACCUCACCAGCGAGGCAUUCAUUGCCAGCCUUCGAAGAUUCACCGGUCGUAGAGGAAAGCCUGCACAGGUAUAUUGCGAUAACGCGACAAACUUCGUGGGGGCGAAGAGAGAGCUAGAAGAGCUACGGAAACUGUUCAUGUCCCAGCAGCACAAGGAGUCGGUAGCGCGAGAGUGUUCAGAAAAUGGAAUCCAAUUCCACUUCAUCCCACCACGUUCGCCUUCGUUUGGUGGAAUCUGGGAAGCCUGCGUGAAAUCAGUCAAGACCCUGCUCCGCAAGAUUCUUGGCAAUGCACACCUCACUGAGCCUGAACUACAAACUGCUCUAGUGCAGGUGGAGGCAAUGCUCAACUCACGCCCUAUUACUCCACUACCAGACGAUCCUUCCGACGAGUUCGCUCUCACUCCAGGACACUUCCUGAUCGGCAGACCACUGAACGCAAUGCCCGAUCCUGACCAGCAGGACAUUCCCGAGUCCCGCUUGACCCGGUGGAGACGAGUACAGCAGCUCACCCAACAUUUCUGGUCCCGUUGGCACAAGGAGUAUCUGGCUACACUGCAAAAUCGCUACCGCUGGAAUCAAGUUCUCGACAACCUCGCCGUUGGUUCCAUCGUCGCCCUCAAGGACGAGAAUGUUCCGCCACAAAAAUGGCCUCUCGGGCGCGUGAUCAGCAUCCACCCUGGUACCGACGGAAGAGUGCGGGUCGCCACAGUAAAGAUCAGUUCAGGAACAACCAAGCGUGCCAUCUCAAAGCUGUGCCUACUUCCAGUCGAGAUUGAUCCUGCCAUCGUAACUUCGAAUGUGGUUCAAAACAUCAGUAAUUCUGUUAAAUCGUCGUUGGAAGAAGACCUUCGCUUGAGGAACCAAGCCGCUGGACCAGCUCCCGGCCCUUGCUCAGGGAACAGAGCCGCCGGACGAGUUCCCGGCCCCUACUCGGGGAAAUGA